AACAUUCCACUUCAAGGAUGACUGAAUUUCUGAGCUGUGAUUUUCCCUUUGUGCAGGUGCCAGACUGCUCAUUCAUCGGUGACAGCUGCAGGAGACACGCACGCCCCUACGAAAGCAGACAUCAUGGAGGAGCAAAUGAGUCCCGUGCGAGUGGUACUGGUGACAGGGUCGAGCGGCUUCCUCGGCCAGCAUGUGGUGAAGGAGCUGCAGGAAGAAGAGCAUGCUGCGAUUGAAGAAAUACGGUUGUUCGACAAUCGGCCCUACGUGAACAAAAUCGGGCCUCAGGUGUCGAAGCCUAAAGCGAUGAAAGAACACGUGGGAGACAUAUGUGACGCAACUACCUUAGCGCAGGCGCUGAGCGGAGUCGACGCGGUCAUUCACUGCGCGUCCAUCGUUGACUCGAGAUUCUUCGCCGACUCUGAAGCAAUGGAACGAGUCAACGUCCGAGGAACCUCAAAUGUGGUUGAAUGUUGCGUGACUCAAGGCGUUCCGUAUCUCGUGUACGUGAGUUCCGUGGCCGCGACGCGACUGGUACGAAGAAACCGGCUGUCUUUACCCUUCCCCGACUAUGUCGGAGCCUACGGCGAGACCAAGGCACGUGCGGAGGGCAUCGUGGCCAGGUCCAACGGACGCCUUUUGUCUCACGGAAAAGGACGACUACGCACGCUGUCAAUCCGUAUGCCUCCCUUAUACGGGGAGUUGGAUCAAGUUUUCAUCACCAAGUGCCUGCAAAUCUACAAGCUCACAUUUGACUUCGCAUUUACCCUCGACCACGGAGUACAGUGUAUGUACGCGGGCAACGCCGCCUCCUUGCUGGUUCAAGGCAUCAAAACCCUGGCCGCUCCUGCAUCCGAUGACGUCUCCGGAAAGUUAUUGUAUGCUGCGGAUGAGACGACUCACGACAUAUCGCUGGUGCUCGGGCCCAUCACCGAAAGUUGUGGCGUGCGCAUGUUUCCUUUCAGUGUGCCCUCGUGGCUCGUCCUCAUAAUUUCCUGCCUCUUCUGGGGUCUUGCAUUACUUCUUAGUCCACUGUUACAGGUUAACUCAGAGGUGGUGCCAAGUCCUAUGGAAAUUGUAUUCAUUAGGCACUGUCCCACAUACGACGAAAACGAAGCCGCCAAGAAACUGCGCUGGAAGCCAAAGUACAGCGUCCAGCAGGCGGUCACCACGUCUAUAGACUAUUACAGAAAGGUGAAGCUGUGAAUGUAAGCAGGACAGUGUCUGACACCUUUGGCUCCUUACAGCUCCUCGCUGAACACUACCUGCAUCCGUUUGGCUGCGGCCUUUUGAGACCUUUUUGUGAAGAACAGUACGUCUAUAAGCCCAGCUUUUUUUACCGCGGGCUGCCAUGCUGAGAAGUAAGAUCGAAAAGGAAACAGACGGUGUAAAAGAUGUGUCCCAAACCACUAAUUCUGCGCCCAACUCUCCGGUACGCCACUGCUGUAUGCUGCACGCUAAUA